CAAUACUGUUUACUUCGAUAAUACCCUAAUGGUAGGAUUUCCCAGAGCUCCUCAGGUACAUGGGGACACGGACGAUGAAGCUUCUAUACACUUAUACACUCAAGUGGGACGUGCAGAGCCACUCCCGAGUAGAAAACAAAUACACACAUCUAACUUGAACAAACAAUUUGGCAAACAGGAUACCAUUGGAGAACAUAAAAGACUAAGCCCGCAUCAUGAGAGACUUAUACAGCAUAUCUUAGUAGGUAAUGAUGACUCAAUUGUGAAUGGAAAUAAUAGUCGAGCCAAUUUAAAAGAAAAUAAUCUACAUCGAUUAAACGAUGAUUUCAAUCAAUUUGCAAAUACGGGCACUCUUGACGUUAGCGACGAAGAAUUUGAUCCAUCCGAUAAUGAACCUCCUGUUCGGGAGAAAGAUAUCUAUGGUUCACCUUUCUAUAAUGCCCCUGUGGAUAAUGGUGAUGAAUCUCCAGUGGAAGACCAAGAAGAGCCUGAUAUUGCCAAUCAGACUCAAUACGAAAGUGAUGAAGAAACAGUACAUGAAAAUGAAACGGAUUCUGCAAUGGAAAAUAAUGGAAAAUCGGUAUUCACCCAGCGAAGCUCGCCAAUCCAGAGACCCAAAGCCAAUCAAAGUCUCUUUCAGCAAUUUGAAAGGGUUAGACAAAACGAAGAGCCCAGUGGAAGAAACAAGAAGAAACUAAGUAACUCAUCUAAUGAACAGACUAGCUCAUCUUUAGGUUUUUUGAGCUUGGGUGGUAGUAAUAAUUACGUAUACGUUAGAGUGUUGGUGGUAUCGUUCUUAUUUUCAAUAAUUCUACUAUUUGUUACUUCAUAUCCUCAGAGCCCAAAAAAUAUCCUGAUGAAGCCUCUUGAAAAUUAUAAUGAUAUAACGUCCAGGUUUCAGAAAGUUGAGAGUCGAAUGGAUAAGCUUGAUGAGGUCACACUUGGCUUAUCUAACAAGCAAGACGUAUAUGAAUCUAAAUACGACUCUCUUACAAAUAGCCUCAAUAAUCGAUUCAACUUUAUAAGUGCCAAGUUUGAUGAAUUUUCACAGACUUUGAGUUUGAACAAUAAUUCGAAAUUCGAAAAUUUGGUAUCCGACUUUGCAGAAUUAAAGACUAAAUUCGAUAAUCUUGAAACUAUAUCAUCCAAUCCUGAAGCUCUAGAACCCAAGCUUAAUGAUAUUUCUACUAAACUUAACCAUUUAUCACAUAUCAAUAAUGAUAUUGACGAGAUCAAAUCAGAUAUUUUGAAUAAGUUAAUCGAAUCACUCCCGUCCCAGGUCCCUGUCUAUAUAAAAAAUAAUAAAAUACAUUAUAUUCCAGAGUUCCAUAAGUAUCUUUACAAUUUUGUUGAAAAUUACUAUAACCAAAAAUACGAUACCCCUGCAAAUACAUCCACCAUGGAUUGGAAUACAUUCCUAUCAUCUAAUGAAAUUCAGUUAAAGAAUUAUAUCAAUUCUUCGCUUAAUAAGAACAGCAAUUAUAAAGCUAUAAAUAAAGAAGUAUUUGAGAGGCUUCUACAAAGAAAACUUAAUGACAACAAUCGAUUAAUGUGGCAGAAAUUCAACAAUUUAAUUGAUAAUUUGAAUAUCAACUUAAACUCCACCAAUAUAGAUAUUUCAAAGUCAAGUAAUAAGAUCUUGUUGGAUAAUUUACUUGAAAUUUUUGCUAAAGGAUCUAUUAAAAUAAAUUAUGCUGACUACAAAGUAGGUUCUAGAAUUUUAGGAUUCUUAACGAAUACUGGAGCUGAUGUCAAUCAAAACAAAUCGAUUGUUCGUAAGUUAUUUUUGGGCUGGUAUGAUUAUCUAAAUUCAAAUGGUUUGAAAAAUCCAAAGAAUUGGAAAUUCAAUGCUAAUAAUGUUUUGAUUGACGGUGGGAACUACUGGCAAUGUGAAUCUAGCUAUUGUACAUUUGGGGUUAGAUUAUUCAAUCCAGUUAUUUUGACGGAUCUUUUCUUGAACACCCCUUUGACUAAUCUUCCGGAUGAUUUCCUGCCUCCUAAUAGGGUAUCAGUUUAUAUUAAACCAAAAAAUCCAAGACAGGUUAAUUCUUUAAUCGAGUAUAUAAACAAAUUCAAAAUCAAUUUCAAGAAUAAGUCCAACACUAAUAAGUAUCUCACUAAGUUUGUGAAGGUAAAAGAAGUUGCCAUUGAUUCAAAUAAAGCCAUUAAUCAUAUUAAAUUUCCCAUUAGUCUAAUCAAUCUAAGAAUCCCGGUUAGAGAUCUUUAUAUUGAAAUAAGUUCAAAAGAUGGUAGUAAAACUGGGUUGUACAGUUUCAAGGCUUAUGGAAUAAGUGAAUAUAACUCAUAUAAAUAUAAUGAAGAGUUUGAUUUAUUACUCAAUAAACUUUAUGACCAAGAGCAGGAAGAAAUUGAUCGUGAUCAAGAAGAAUUUCUCUCUCAUUUCGAGGAUAACCCCAAAGUUGAUUAUAGCAGCUUUGAAGAUGAUUUUGAUCAAGGUGAUAUUGUUUUAGGAGAUGAUGAAAUAAUAUUCUAA